CACCUUCUCCUCCUCCACGUUCACAGGCGCGCGCAGACCAGCCCUUUCUGUAUUUCCUCUCGUCGGAGGGCCAAUAACGCGCAGUUUCCCCUUCCCUCCAUCUGAGCCAGCGGUUUCUCCGAGACCAAAACUCAACCUCUUCACCAUCACUUGUUUUCUUGGAUAUCACGUCGCUUGUACAUAGGCCGUCUUCUCGUUUAUUUGGUUCUUCUGACAUGGAAGUGAGAUGUCGUCCAGCGGUGAUGUUGUGUGUUUUUGCCAUCCUCUGCUCCGGAGCUCCGCGGUCUCUCGGCUCUCCGUACGCGGACAGACAGUACCUGAACGAGUGGGCUGUGGAGAUCCCGGGCGGGCUGUCCGCGGCGGAGGCGAUCGCCAGGGAUCUGGACUACGAGCUGGUCCGACAGAUUGGGGCCCUGGAUGACCAUUACUUGCUGAAACACCGCAGACAUCCUCACAGGAUGAAGCGCAGCGCCGACCACAUCACUAGGCAGUUAUCAGAGGAUGAUCGGGUGUUGUGGGCGGAGCAGCAGUAUGAAAAACGGCGCAACAAGCGGGCAGUCAUCAGAGAGUGCAGGGACUGCUCUGUGGACAAGCUGUUUGAUGACCCCAUGUGGAACCAGCAGUGGUACCUGCAAGACACGCGGACGUCUUCCUCGCUGCCAAAGCUGGACCUCCAUGUGAUCCCCGUGUGGCAGAAAGGCAUCACGGGGAAAGGAGUGGUCAUCACAGUUCUGGACGACGGGCUGGAGUGGAACCACACAGACAUCUACUCCAACUACGAUGCAGCCGCCAGCUACGAUUUCAACGACAACGAUCCGGAUCCGUUUCCCAGAUACGACUCCACCAACGAAAACAAACAUGGAACGAGGUGUGCAGGAGAGAUAGCAAUGCAGGCGGACAACAACAAAUGUGGAGUUGGAGUGGCUUACAACUCAAAAGUUGGAGGAAUCCGGAUGCUGGACGGGAUUGUGACCGAUGCCAUUGAAGCCAGCUCCAUCGGAUUCAAUCCAAACCACGUGGACAUCUACAGUGCCAGCUGGGGACCCAACGAUGAUGGCAAGACGGUGGAGGGCCCUGGUCGCCUGGCCCAAAAGGCUUUUGAAUAUGGAAUCCAAAAGGGCCGAGGUGGAAAAGGCUCCAUUUUUGUUUGGGCGUCAGGUAACGGUGGGCGCCAGGGGGACAACUGUGACUGCGAUGGCUACACAGACAGCAUCUACACCAUCUCCAUCAGCAGUGCCUCCCAGCAGGGCCUGUCUCCAUGGUACGCAGAGAAGUGCUCCUCCACUUUGGCUACAGCAUACAGCAGCGGAGACUACACCGACCAGAGAAUCACUAGUGCUGAUCUGCACAACGAGUGCACUCAGACUCACACUGGAACAUCGGCCUCUGCUCCUCUGGCUGCUGGAAUAUUUGCUCUGGCGCUGGAACAAAAUCCCAAUCUUACCUGGCGAGAUCUGCAGCACAUCGUCGUCUGGACAUCAGAGUUCGAUCCUUUGGCCAACAACCCCGGCUGGAAGAGGAAUGGAGCAGGACUGAUGGUCAACAGCCGCUUUGGUUUUGGACUUCUUAAUGCCAAAGCGCUGGUGGACCUCGCAGACCCGGCCACCUGGAAGCAUGUUCCAGAAAAGAAGAUAUGCAUCGUAAGGGAUGAUUCUUUUCAGCCAAGGGAUCUGAAAGCAGCAGGGGAGAUCACCAUAGAGAUUCCAACCAAAGCUUGUGCGGGCCAGGAGAACGCUGUCCGCUCACUGGAACAUGUACAAGUAGAAGCCAGCAUCGAAUACACCAGGAGAGGAGACCUGCACAUCACACUCACCUCCCCAGCUGGCACCACAACAGUGCUUCUGGCAGAGCGGGAAAGAGACACAUCAUCCAACGGCUUCAGAAACUGGGACUUCAUGUCGGUUCACACGUGGGGUGAAGAUCCUGCUGGAACGUGGACUCUAAAAAUCACAGACACUUCAGGCCGCAUGGAGAACAAGGGGCGUAUCUUGAACUGGAAGUUGAUUCUUCACGGAACAUCAGAGAAACCAGAACACAUGAAGAAACCUCGAGUCUACAUUCCCUACAACGCUGUGCAGAAUGACCGCCGUGGCGUGGAACAUAUGGAUGACAUGAUGGAGGAGCCCACACAGGCCCAUCCACCUCAGAAAACUGAAGUCCAAAUUCCAGAGAAGGAGCCCCAAGAGCCCUCAAACUCCUCUUACUCCCCCUCCCUUGCGCUGCUGCGUCUCCUGCAGACAGCCUUCAGCCGGCAGCCCAUGGUUCUGCAGCAGCGUCAGGCUGCUUCAAGGUCCUCCUCCAGUUGGAGAAACCAGCAGCCCAGCCAGAGCCUCGGCCUUCCAGCUGCAAGACUCCCAGCAAAAAAUCUGUUCCAAGCUCUGGACUUGAUCAAUAAGUACCAGGGUGCCGGGGACAACAUGUACAGUGACUACAGCGACGGCUUCUACAACACCAAGCCGUACAGACACAGGGAUGAUCGACUGCUGCAGGCGCUGUUCCAGAUGCUGGAUGAUGAUCAGAAGUGAGAGCCAGGAGGUGCAGAGAGGGGCGAAAACGACAAGAGAAAGGCGGGAAAAAAGUCCAAAAUGGUUCCAGCUUGAGAGCAGAAGAAUAGGCAGAGGAAGAUAAAGAAAAGACAUGGUCAUGACUGGUCCUGGAAGAGUGGGAGAGAGGACGAGAAACACCCAAAAUGCUGCAUAUCUAAUUUAUUUGCCAAUCACUAUGUGUUAACUGAUUUUUAUUUUUGUUUAAUCAUUUGACCCUGCACAAUUUCCUUAUGUAAUUUAAAAUAGAGUUAUUUAGAUUCCUUCUGAUGUAAAAUAUAUAUAUAUGUGGUGAAUACAAAAGCAUUUAACCAAAAGAAAAGGGAGUUAUUGUGGCCUUGUCUCUUUCUUUUCUGCUUGCUCAAGCUUGACAUUCUUAAAUGAUUGGUUUUGUAAAGUAUCUAUGGCUAUAUAUCUUUCAGAGACUUUAAAUGAUAUUGAUCUUCAGUAUAGAUCCCAUUGUGUCAUUCGUUUUUUCACUACAACAGUAUGAGUAUUUAUUCAGCAUAAAUUUCCAAAUAACUGAAGUCUCUGAUACAGGAAAAGAUAAAUAAAUUGAUCAUUUAAAUCAAAUUCUUUUUCAAGAUACAUCUUCUCAGGGGGUAAGCAAAGCUGAAAAGAGUAACUGUGCUCUUCAAUCUGUUCAGAAAAAAAUAUAUUCAGAAUGUAAAACUAUUUUCUAUAGUUCCAUAUGAGACUUAUAGUAAAAUUAAGUAAAUGUUAAAAAAAACAUCAAAACAAAAAGACUGCCAAAAUAAGAGAUUUGCUUCCUGGUGCAUUUCUUUCAUUUUGUAUAAGUGCAAUGCUGCAUAAUAGAAAAUAUUUUUCUAAGGAUCCAAUAUAGCUUGUGAAUUAUUUUACAUAGUGAACCUUUUUAAUUGUUUUAUUUGACAUAUACUUGCUGCAAGAAAAUGUAGUUAAUUCCACAUGUCAAUAAUAAUUGCUGUCAAAAAGUUUAUUUUCAGUAAAGCUGUUGUCAAAAUGUCUGCAUCUUCACAGUGGACAUUUGUAGCUGAUUAUUUUUUCUAUUUUUAGCACAUUUGGUGGUAAUACAAUAAAUCUGUAGCUCACCUCAAGCUCUGUAGAAUAGAGGCUUAGCACAGCCAAGCACAUUCAUGUUGAACGCUGUCAUCAAAGCUGUAACAAGUGCGCAAAUAUUCAUCCCCAAGUGGUGCAGAUCAACGUAUGUGUAGUAAUUUAAGUGUUUGUGACAUGAAAUGCUGUGAAACCUCAGUGCAGAGUCUCUAUUCUCUGGCUUGGAAAUGCCUGUCUUCUCUGCCAAAACAAGUGACAGGAAAGAGGAUGUUAAAAAAAAGCCUUUCCAAGCUCCCUGUAAUGUAACCAAUCUCUAAGCUUACCUGUUUCAUUUUUUUUAAUUUAAAGUUGUUUUACACAGACAAAUAUGACGUAUUUUGUUGCAAAUUCUGUAUGGAUGUAUAACAAAAAAUAUCAGAUUUAUCCAAAUAAAAUGCAAAGUGACA